AUGUCGUCUCAAGCCUUUUCCUGGUUGCGAAAGCUGGGGGAGGCAUCCGCAUUUGCCAUCCCAGUCAUCAUCCACCACCACUUCUUCAUCCGCUAUCAACGGGCGGAGCCGAAGCUUGACCUACCAUGGAUCAACGACGGCAUGGCCGGACUCAAGAGCGACACAACCGGACCCAAGGACGAUAUCACCAGACUCAAGAAAGACGUCGCUGAACUCAAGGUUGAUCUUGCUGGACUCAACUUCAGAACCGGUUGUUUGGAGUGCGAAAUGAUAUUGCUUGCUCGACAGCCUGACAGCCUCCUCUGUGCAAUGGACUCACCCCAUGCGGACCAGUGUCACCAAGGCUCAAGCGGGGCUGAGUAG